GGCCUAUGGAAAAAUGAAAUCGGGAGCUUCUAGCUGGCUUUGAAGAAAAGGAGAAGCAGCACACGCGUCCAGGGGGCUUCAUACACGGUCCAGCAGCUAUCUUCACGCACGCGGGCAACAGCUUUUAAGAGGAGUGACGUCCAGCAACUAUGGCAGCAGCGGGUGUGCACGAAGAAGCCACGACCCAAAUGCGGAGCUUCCAGAAGGAAAUCCAGCACGUUCAUUUUGGAGAGGUGCAACAGAACAGCUUUGAAUUGGUACAGCAGCCCACACUUGGCACGUCCAGCAAGCUUUGAGGAAGCCUUUACGUCCAGCUGCUGCACACGCACAGAAUGAAGCACGCUGGAUGAGAGGAGAAAAGUGGGCUGGUCCACGUGAAGUCCAGCAGCGUCCAGCAACACGCGUGAAGCAGCGGACCCAUAAGCAAGCUUGAGAGGAGCGUCCAACAGCUUGGAAGUGGUGUGUGCAUGGAGAGAAAGGGUGUGACGGGCAGCAGCAUGUGGUGGCAAAAGAAGAAGCGGUCCAGCAUCCAACAGGUCCAGCAGGGGGCACGAGAGUAGGACUUGGAAUUUUGCAAUAAGGAGGGGGUCCAGCCGCCAUACUAAGGGAGCUUUCUUGAACGUUUUUUUGGAGACAUGGGAUUCUUUCUCACUUUGGAGGACGAAGGGGGAUAGAAUGACUUGGCUAUUUUGGAAAGAGCCACUUAGAGAGCAGAUGCGGAGAAUGGUUGAGGUGUGCUCCAGCUGCCAUGGAUAUUGAGAAAUGAAGUGGUACACACGGUGACGCUGCAGUAGUGUAGAAGGGUUUUCGUUUUCUUUUCUGUGUUGGAAUCGAGAAGAAUUUUGAAGAGCAUGUGGUCUUGUUUUUAUCUUCAUGUUUGAACCAGAUUUUUAUUUUUAUAUUCUAUGAAAUUAUAGUGUUAUUUUACUGUGAAGAAGUGUGCAUGUUGGCAGCCUUUAUCACUUUCAUUUGGUGAUUUAAUGCUUUGGAGAUUUCUUUUCUUUGUGAAAUGAAGAAGUAGAUUAGGUGGGAGUAGGUGCUGUCAAAUCCAAUUAGGCUUUCUUUUUCUUUUAGAAAUCAAACACGGUGAUACUUUUCUUCUAAACCAUUAGGAUUUAGUCCAGUAGGUGGGACCUUUUCUUUGCACUUCUUUUGUCUUUUCAUUAUUUGUCUUGGAGAAGAAUGGAGAGGCACGGAUCCCAUGGAGAAAGUGGUGUGUUGUCACGGCUUAGGAGAUGCACAAGCUUUCAUUUUAAUUUUUGAAGAAGCGGUGCUGUUGCACGCAAAUGGUGAUCGAAUUUGGAGAAAUUUCAAGCUUUUCAAUUUAUAUUCUACUUUAAAGAAGCACCAUGCUCAUUUAUUUGCUAGCAUUUAUUUUAAGUGUUGAUUUCAUGAUGAAUAGCAUUUCACUUUAGCUACUUUUUUUAUUUUUAUUAUCUCUUGCAUUUUAUUGUUCAUUAUUUUCUUCAUUGUUGCAUUUUGUCAUUGCGUUUUACUGUUCAUCUUAUUUUCAAAUGUUGUUUCAAUCUCGGUUUGCUUUACUGAUGCUUCUCAUGUUGCGUUUAACGUUUAAGUUUAUUUGGUGCAUUUCAAUUAGGCUGCUGUUAUGUUUUCUGCGCAUUUAUUGUUCCAGCAUUUUAUUUUCAAAUAUUGAUGAAUUCUGCAUUCUCUGAUUUUGAUGUCUUUUACCAUUCGGCCUUGAUGUUUGACAUUUAUUUUCAAUUAUGUUUGAUUGUAUUUGAUUUCCAGUUUCAAUUUAGUUUAUUUCUAAUCACAAAAACACUUUCAAAACCCCCCCACUACGUGUUUGAUCUGAGACUGAACCGCAAUUUGGUCCUUGAGAGACGACCUAGGAGUCACUUCCUAGUUUAUACUGCAUUAAAUUUGCAAUCAAUUUUUGUGUGAGGUGCGACCCUCUCAACAAAAUGGCGCCGCUAUCGGGGACCAACGGUUUGGUUUUAGGUCUUUUGUGUUGAUAAUGUGUUGUUUGUGUGUCGUGUUUUGUCUUGUAUGUUUGAGUGUGUGUGAUUUGUUUGCUUAGGUUGUUUUGUGUGUUCAAAAUUUUUGUGAUAUCGUUUCAUGAUUUUAGGGUGUUGUGACUUAGUGCAUGACUAGGGGAAAUCCUGGGCCUAUACCACCCUUUGAUCCUGAGAUUGAUAGAACUUUUCAUAGGUUAGCUAGACAUUCUAGAAAUUUAUCUUUAGAGUCUGUUUUUGAGUCUGUUCCAUUGGAUACUGUGCAUCCCACUGCUGAGUACUUUGUGCAUACUGCAUCUACUGCAUCUGUUGCAUCUGCACGUGAUUCUGAUUCUGAUUCUAUUGUUUUUCGCACUGAGAACAAUAUGGCACAACCUCCACCUCGCGAGAGGACUUUUAGGGAGAUGGCUGCACCUGAUUUCGAUAUCGAAAGCUUGUGCAUCCAAUAUCCUGAUGAGGACGUUCCAUUUGUUCUCAAGACUGGACUGAUCCAUUUGUUGCCCAAGUUUCAUGGUCUUGCAGGUGAGAGUCCUCAUAAGCAUUUGAAGGAAUUCCACAUUGUCUGUUCUAGUAUGAAACCACAUGAUGUUCCUGAAGAGCACAUCUUCUUAAAGGCAUUUCCUCAUUCAUUGGAAAAUGUUGCUAAGGAUUGGUUGUAUGGUUUGGCGCCUAGAUCCGUCACUAGCUGGGAUGAUCUGAAGAGGCUAUUCUUAGAUAAAUUUUUUCCAGCAGCCCGGACCACAGCUAUCAGAAAAGACAUAACUGGGAUUAGGCAGCUUGGUGGAGAGAACUUAUAUGAGUAUUGGGAGAGAUUCAAGACACUUUGUGCUAGUUGUCCCCACCAUCAGAUACCUGAGCAUCUCCUUGUCCAGUAUUUCUAUGAGGGUUUGAACAACAUGGACCGUGGUAUGAUUGAUGCUGCCAGUGGUGGAGCUCUUGGAGACACCACACCUGUUGAGGCCAGGCAAUUGAUUGAGAAGAUGGCCUCCAACUCCCAGCAGUUUAGCACCAAGAAUGAUGCCAUUGUGGUGAGGGGCGUACAUGAUGUUGUUGCCCAGUCUUUAUCAGCUGUUGAAAGCAAGUUGGAAGGAAAUAUUGACUCUCUUACGAAGUUGGUGACACAGUUGACUACCAACCAGAGAUCUGCAGCUCCAUCUGCAUCUGUUGCACGGUUAUGUGCUAUUUGUCCUUCCAGUGACCACUAUACAGAUGCUUGUCCUUCUUUGCAGCACUCUGCUGCCUCUGAUGCGCCUCAGGCUUAUGCUACGAACAUCUACAACAACAGGCAGCAACAACAGCAAAAUCAUGACUUAUCCAGCAACAGGUACAACCCAGGGUGGAGGAAUCACCCCAAUCUGAGAUGGAACAAUGCGCCACAACAUCAACAGCAGGCACCACCUUUCCAGAAUGCUGGAGCACCUAACAGAUAUGUGCCUCCACCUAUGCAACAACACCAGAGGCAACAACAAUAGCAGCAACAAGAGGCACCUGCCCAACCAGUUUCCCAACCUUCCACUUCGUCUGAACCUUCAUUGGAAGAGUUAGUGAGACAGAUGACUAUGCAAAACCUACAGUUUCAGCAGGAGACUAGAGCUUCCAUACAGAGUCUCACUAACCAGAUGGGUCAGAUGGCUACUCAGAUAAAUCAGGCGCAGUCUCAGAAUUCGGAUAAGUUACCAUCCCAGACUGUGCAGAACCCAAGGAAUGUGAGUGUCAUAACCCUCAGAUCAGGGAAGCAGAUUGUUGUGCCUUCAGAGCCCGCUUCUACACCUACACCCGUGCCUGCCACUUGUCCUAGAAAGAACGACCAUGACGGUCCAAGCAGGGCAUUUGAGGUGGGUGAAUCUUCUUCUCCAGCCGGUGGUUCUUCUUCAGGUGGAUCUUCUCCCUCUUCCACCACCACCGCUGUCGCACCUUCUCCAUUGGUUGACCGACCUAUCCCUCUACCAUUCCCUUCACGGGCACUUCCUAGCAAAAAGAUGGAAGAGGUGGAUAGGGAAAUUCUGGAGACCUUCAGGAAAGUAGAGGUGAACAUACCUCUACUCGAUGCCAUCAAGCAGAUACCGAAGUAUGCCAAAUUCUUGAAGGAGCUGUGCACACACAAGAGGAGGAUGAAGGGAAAUGAGAGGAUUAGCAUGGGAAGGAAUGUAUCUACGCUUAUUGGUAAGUCGGUCCCGCACAUCCCUGAAAAGUGCAAGGACCCAGGUAUAUUUUGCAUUCCUUGUGUGAUUGGAAACAAUAAAUUUGAAAAUGCCAUGCUUGAUUUGGGUGCUUCUGUUAAUGUCAUGCCUUUGUCUAUAUAUGCAUCUUUGUCUCUUGGACCUUUGCAAACCACGGGUGUGGUCAUUCAGUUGGCCAAUAGGAGUGUUACCCACCCAGCAGGUUUCAUAGAGGAUGUCUUGGUUAGGGUUGGUGAAUUGAUUUUUCCUGCUGACUUUUAUGUUUUGGAAAUGGAGGAGGGAUUCUCUCAUGGAUCCGCUCCCAUUAUCUUAGGCAGGCCAUUCUUGAAAACUGCCCGAACUAAGAUUGAUGUGUAUGCUGGAACUUUGUCUAUGGAAUUUGCUGAUAUUGUUGUUCAUUUUAAUAUCCUUGAUGCAAUGAAAUUUCCAGCUGAGGACCAUUCUCUGUUUAGGAUCGAUGCAUUGGAUGACAUUAUUGAUAAAUAUGUUGUUGAUGAUUUUGAUUCUAUGCAUAAGAAAGAGCAUUCUUUUCUAUCUUCUCUACAUACAUGCAUUGAAUCUGAAUUUGAGAAUGAUGUUGAUUUUGAAGAGAAUUUUGAUAUCCAUGAUGUUGAUGAUGUUUUUGAUAUGGAUGAUGUUGAUAAUGUAAUUGUCAUGGAUAUGGAUUUGGAGCUUGAUGAGAUAGGUGUUCCGCCUUUACCUGUGAAUUCUUUGGAGUCAGAAUGCACUAACCACUUUGUAGGAAGUACAAAUGAAUCUGACUUGCAGGCACCUACUCUUGAGUUGAAACAGCUCCCAGAUAACCUCAAGUACGUGUACUUGGAGGAUUAUGAGAAGAAACCGGUGAUCAUUUCCACCUCCCUUGAUUCUGUUCAAGAGGAGAAGUUGCUUGGUGUGCUGAGGAAGCACAAGAAGGCCAUUGGUUGGAGUUUGGCUGACAUACCUGGUAUUAGCCCAUCCACAUGCAUGCAUAGAAUUCUUUUGGAAGAUGGGGCAAGGCCAGUGAGACAGCCACAAAGAAGGCAAAACCCCGUGAUCAUGGACGUCAUCAAGAAGGAGGUGACCAAGCUUUUGCAAGUUGGGAUCAUCUACCCUAUUUCAGACAGUCAGUGGGUUAGCCCCAUCCAUGUUGUGCCCAAGAAAAUUGGCCUCACUGUGGUGAAGAAUGAGAGGGAUGAGCUUAUCCCAGCUAGAGUGCAGAACAGUUGGAGAGUCUGCAUUGACUAUAGGAGGCUCAACCAAGCAACCAGGAAAGAUCAUUUCCCCCUGCCAUUCAUUGAUCAGAUGCUGGAGCGCCUGGCAGGUAAAUCUCAUUAUUGUUUUCUUGAUGGUUUUUCUGGUUACUUUCAAAUAAAUAUUGCACCUGAGGAUCAAGAAAAAACCACAUUCACCUGCCCCUUUGGCACUUUUGCCUAUAGGAGGAUGCCCUUUGGUCUAUGCAACGCCCCUGGUACCUUCCAGCGGUGCAUGCUUAGCAUUUUUAGCGACUUUCUUGAGAAUUGCAUAGAGGUGUUUAUGGAUGAUUUUACUGUGUAUGGAUCCUCCUUUGAUGCAUGUUUAGACAGUCUGGAAAAAGUUUUGAAAAGAUGCAUAGAAACAAACCUUGUUCUCAAUUUUGAGAAAUGUCACUUCAUGGUUGGACAAGGUUUGGUUCUAGGGCAUAUCAUUUCUGAAAAGGGAAUAGAGGUAGACCCUGCUAAGAUAUCUGUGAUUUCGCAGUUACCUUACCCCUCUUGCGUGCGAGAGGUGCGAUCUUUUCUUGGACAUGCAGGUUUCUACAGGCGCUUCAUCAAAGGUUUCAGCAAGAAAGCGCUUCCCUUGUCCAGACUGCUGCAGAAAGAUAUUGACUUUUCUUUUGAUGACAAAUGCAAGCAGGCGUUUGACUGCCUGAAGGAAGCUUUGACCACCGCCCCUAUCAUUCAGGCACCGGAUUGGACAGCCCCAUUUGAGCUCAUGUGUGAUGCAUCUAAUUAUGCAUUAGGGGCUGUCUUGACAUAGAAAAUUGACAAGCUGCCGAGAGUGAUCUACUAUGCUUCACGCACUUUGGAUGUUGCCCAGGCAAAUUAUACCACCACUGAAAAAGAGUUGUUGGCAAUUGUUUUUGCCCUUGAUAAGUUUAGGUCAUAUUUUCUUGGAUCACCUGUUAUUGUGUAUACUGACCAUGCAGCUCUAAAGUUUCUGUUGAAAAAGGCGGAGUCAAAGCCUAGAUUGAUCAGGUGGAUGCUACUCCUCCAGGAGUUUGACUUGCAAAUUGAAGACCGGAGUGGAGCACGAAAUUUGGUUGCAGACCACCUAAGCCGGAUUGAAAAAGCUGGGAAUGAAGCUGAUGUGUUGCCCAUACAGGAUACCUUUCCUGACGAGAGUUUGUUGAUGAUUUCUUACUCUCACCCUACUCCUUGGUUUGCACACAUUGUAAAUUAUUUGGUUGCUUCUGUUUUUCCUCCCUUAGCAUCACGUGCUCAGAUUGCUAAAAUUAAGAGUGAUGCUAAGUAUUAUGUUUGGGAUGACCCAUAUCUGUGGAAGUUGUGCAGUGACCAGGUUACUAGGAGAUGCAUUCCGGACCAUGAGAUUGACUCGGUCCUGCAGUUCUGUCAUGCCUCCUCACCUGGUGGUCAUCUGGGGAUACAGAGAACAGCUCGCAGAGUGCUUGACUGUGGUUUCUAUUGGCCUUCCAUCUUCAAAGAUGCGGAGAAGAUUUGCAGCACUUGUGAACCUUGUCAGAGAGCAGGAGGAUCAAUUUCACAAAGACAAGAGAUGCCUCAACAACCUAUGUUGUUCUGUGAGGUGUUUGAUGUAUGGGGUAUAGAUUUCAUGGGUCCUUUUCCUGUUUCUUUUGGUUUCUGUUAUAUUCUCCUUGCUAUGGAUUAUGUUUCAAAAUGGGUGGAAGCUAGAGCCACCAGGACUAAUGAUGCUCGGGUUGUUGUAGAUUUUGUUAGAUCUCACCUCUUUUGCAGGUUUGGAGUGCCUAGAGCAAUUGUUAGUGAUCAAGGAACCCAUUUUUGCAACAGAUCCAUGCAAGCUUUGCUCAAGAAAUAUGGGGUGACGCACAGAGUUUCUACACCUUACCACCCCCAAACAAAUGGGCAGGCUGAGAUCUCCAACAGGGAGAUUAAGAGGAUUUUGGAGAAGAUUGUCCAGCCCAACAGGAAAGAUUGGAGCAAUAGGUUGGACGAUGCUCUUUGGGCUCACAGGACAGCUUACAAAGCACCGAUAGGGAUGUCUCCCUACCGGGUUGUCUUCGGAAAAGCAUGUCACCUACCGGUCGAGAUUGAGCAUCGAGCAUAUUGGGCUGUGAAGAUUUGCAACUUCUCCAUGGACCAAGCUGGAGAGGAAAGGAAGUUGCAACUGAAUGAAUUGGAUGAGAUCCGAUUGGAGGCAUAUGAGAACUCGAAGUUCUACAAGGAAAGGACAAAGAAGUUCCAUGAUAGUUCUAUUGUUAGAAAGGACUUCGAGGUUGGCCAACAGGUUUUGUUGUAUAACUCUAGACUCGGCCUCAUGGGUGGUAAGUUGAGAUCAAAAUGGACUGGACCUUUUGUUGUGACUAAUGUUUAUCCUUAUGGUGCAGUAGAGAUCCAAGGUCCAUCUACAGCUAAAAGUUUCAAGGUGAACGGGCAUAGACUGAAGCCUUUCCUCAGCAACCCUUCUUUAUUGGAUGUAGUGGUGGAGGAGACGUCUUUGGUCCACCCCACCUAUCCUUCCAUCUGACUCAGGGAGUUUCUUUUCUCCUUUCUCCCUCACUUUUAUUGCACUUUGUCGAUAUCUGAUGACUGUUCUGAUUGUUUGAUCUACUGAUUGUGACACACUGAGGACAUUGUGUCGUUUAAGUGUGGUCUAUUAGGGGAGGUUGUUUCUUUGUUCAUGUUUCGGUUUUUAUGUAGUUUGUUGUGUCUUGUGUACAAUUUUGCAUGCUUUUCGUGAAUUCUGGAUUGUGGUUAGGUUGUCAGUUUUCCUUCACUUCAUUGAUACUCUGAGAUGUUAGAUUCCUUGCUUUUCUUUGCUUGGAAGAUGAUCAUGAUGUUUGAGAGUUGAAUUGAUUGUGACACAAAUGCCCUGUGUGAGAACUUGAGCCACUUUAUGUUCUUUGUUGUGUGUGAUAUGUCUCUUGAUUGCUUGCACAUAUGCCUUGGCUUGACUCUUGUUGAUAAUUCUUGAUUGAUAUGCAUGUUUGGAAGUGACAAAGGCAGUUUUGUUCUUGAGCCUCUCUAGCCAAAUAAGCUUACCUUGUUCUAAUCCUUUGAAAACCCUUUUUGAGCCUAUACUUUCCCCCAUUUCUUUGUUUUGAAUGCUCAUACACUAGCCCUACGUGAAAAACCAUGAUUACCUUAACCUUAGGGAAUUUUGGAGCUUGGGAAGUGUUUUGGGAACAAGUGUGGUCUCUUGGGGGUUUCUGAUGAGUUGGCUAGUUGGUUCCUCUUCUUGUUUUGUUUUGGUAAAUAUAUGUGUAUCUUGUCUUUUACAGUUUUGUUUUGAAAAGAGAGAAAAGAAAAGAGACAGGAUGAUGAAAAAAAAAAUAAUAAAUAGAGAAAAAUGAGGAUAAAAAAAAAAUUUGUGAAUAAUGGAGUCAAGAAGAGGAUGGAAUUCGAGGUUGUGGGUGUGUUUGAAUGUGUUUACACUUGUUCCCCAUUGCUCCUUUGUUCCUUAUGGUUUGUAGCUUCUUAUCCAGAUAUAUCCUGCCUUGUCCUUGGCCCCAUUACAACCAUGAAAAGACCUUUUGAUUUGAACAUGCAUAUGUUUCUGAGUGUUGAUAUUAGUGGCUUGCCAAGUCUGUUGUUGUUUGCUUUCUUGAGUGCAUUGAGUGACAUUGAUUUACCUUAAACACUUGAGAGAAACACCGAUUGUGUGCAUCUGUGAGGCUCUGUUGCUUUUGAUUCAUCUCUUGAACUGAUUGACUGUUUCCCUUGUACUGAACUGUUUGGAUGAUUCUUUGAGUAGUUGCUUUCAUUGACUCUGUGUGGGAUUCUGCCUAUACCUUUUACCGUCCAGAUUUUGUGAGAAUUGUGCAACUGUGUUUCUGUUUUGGAGUCUUUGUUGUCUGUCUGUCGAGUCUGUGUCAGCUUCCUGAUGUUUGAGUAGUUCCCUAGUUUUCGUUUUGGUUUUGCCCAGGAGUGCAAAAGACUAAGUGUGGUCUAUUUUGAUAAGUCGUUAUUUCUUGAAUUAUAUUUAGUUUAUUGCACUUAAAUGAACCAGGGAAUUGUGUUUAAUUGUUUGUUAUUUCCCCGUUUUCCGAAUUCUGCUUAAUUUGGUCGGAAAUUUGUAAUUGUGCUAAUUUGGGUUUUCUGAGUUGAUUAAGUGCAUUUUUGAAGUGUAGGAAAAUUUCGGAAAUACAUUUUGGGAAAUCAGGAAGAAUGCCAAAUAAAUUCAAGAUUCUCCACACAGACAUUUUUGAAUUAAUUAAAUUGUAAUUCAGUAGUUUAGAAUUUUUGAAUCAACUCUUAUAUUUUGGGUCAAUUUUUGGUAAAUUAGAUUAGACCCAAAAAUUAGAAGUGACUGACUUGGACCCUAGGGUUUUUCUUUUGUGUGGACCCCACCCUCAUUAAAGGGGAGACACACGGCCUUUAGGUUAGGCCGCCACUUGCCAUUUGCACUGUACACACUCUCGGCUCUUAGUUUUCGGAAUUCUUUUGGCUGAAAACGCGGGGAUUGAUGAACGGAGACAUUUUUUUCUUUUUUCCCUUUUUGCUUGAGCGCUGUUCUUCAAUCAUGAAUGAAAAGAUGAUUUUGACUCUGCAUUUCUGAUUUAUUCAUUGCCGCUUCCAAUUGGUUACAGAGCUUUUUAUUGAAUGUUCUUUUCUCCUUGUGAUUCCACACACUGUUACGGGACAUGGGUUGCAUUUUCUUUUAUUCUGCCAUCUUCAUUUUAGCACGUUGAGAAGUGUGGCUUCACGGAGGGGAAGAAGGCCUUUCAUUCUUCUUGCUGGCAGCGUGCACACGCUUGUGGGACGGGGUUCAAGAAGGAGCAAAGGCAAGGAUGUGGUGCCACGGUGCUAGAAGAAUGGCAUGAAGUCACGGUGCUGAUUCAUGGAAGAUGAGAGAAGAGGUGUUGCCACGUGCUGGAAUGCUUGAACCGAGAAAGUGGGUGCACGGAGAAUGAACUGGAAGCUUGCACACGGAUGUUGUUUCAAUUGGAAGCUUCCUAUUCAAUUUCUUCUCACUUUGCAAAGAGUACGGUGCUUUGAUUAUGCUACGAGUAGGUGUCACGGUAUGGCUGGAUGGAAUAAGCAAGGAGCAAUUUUAUUGAAUGAAAAAAAGAAGGCUGCACGGUGAAGAAGUGAGAUUGAGAUGGUAUUAGGUGUCACGGUCUUGAAAGGAAGAAGGAAGUGGGGUCUUGGCUUUUGAAUGCUGCACGGAACCCAGAGGUGAAGUUGAGGUUACGGUUGGAAGCAUAAAAGGGAGGAAGCAUCACAGUAGUGAGGGCACGACUUCUAGAAGAAAAGAGAAUUGUUUUUCCAAUUGUGUGAGAAUGAAAAAAAAUAGCAAAAUUGGUGGUGUGCACGGUGAUUGAAUGAUGGGACGUGUGAAGGUAUUUGGCAGCCCAAUGUGUACCACUCAUUUUCUUUAUUGAUUUAAGAAUGAAGAAGUAGAGUAGGUGAAUUGUGUGGUGCAUGGUGAUGGCUGGAAGAGUGGCCCACGGGUAUUGGAUGCAUUUCCUUUAUUUUUUUUUAGCAUGAAUGGAUAACUUAGGAGUAGCAAGGUACGGUGAUAGCUUCAAUUUUAAUUUCUUUAAAUUCCUUUUGCAAAAAUGAGUGGACCAUAUGCGAUUAAAGGAUUAUAGAAGUUGGAAGUUCAUGUCUGGAAGGAAGAAACAUCCAAAUUGUUUUGAUAUUUUUUUCUUUGCUUGCCACAUAAUGUCACGGUCAUGGAGUAGUUCCUUAUAAGCAAUUGUAAUUUUUAAUUUCUUUUGAUAGAUGAAUGAGUGGUUAAUGGUAGAGAAGUUUUAUUUUCUUGCUUUCAUUUAUA